GAGCUCAAUAACAUGGAGUCCUCCGCCUGGCACCUCCGAGGAGGGAUCCUACCGAAAAACCUGAGCGGCGCAUAGAGACCCGGACCCGGGGAGGAGGGGGCGGGCUGAGCGCGUCCGCCUCUGGAGCCUCCUGCUCGGCUCCUUCAGCUCCGGUCCGGACCCACAAACUAUGUCGGACGGUGCGUAGACGGUGGCUCAGCUUGUGCAACGCGCAAACCAGGCCGAUUUCAACUCAGAGGAGGUUGCACAAUGUAGGGAGGCUGUUUGCAAGUGGGACUCCAUUCUCUGGGGGGGGGACCAUGGAGCCAGAUGAGCAACCCCUAACCCCAGGGACCAGCAAUGGGCCCCUAUCCUACCCUGCAGCUCAGAAUCCCAUCCCCUCCAACUUCCUCAACUGUAGCUUAGAGUCCUCAUCUUCGCCCAAUCAGAGCGAUGGCUUGAUGGCUGCUGAGUGCGCGUGGGGCGACGACUCCGAGCAGCCCAGGAGAUUCAAGUCCUCUGCCUUUCCUUCCUCUCUGAGCUGGGACUCAGACUCGGAGAAGGAAACACUAGAAGAAGAGGAGCUACAGAACUUUUCUAACCCUCACGGUCUGGCUACUCACAGCCCGGGAUCUCCUUCUGCUGGACUCAGGCUCGAUGGUGAAGAUGAACAGGAAUUUGAGAAACUGCAUUCCUUCAAUAGUACGACUGACACAUCCACCCCUGCAGAGGGGGGUAGUGACAACAAUAGCACAAAGAAAGAGGAGCCAAAGACGAGUCAGCUUGGCCAAACAGAAGGAGGUAGCAGAGUCUGGAGCGUAUCCGAGGGUGCUGAGCCAUUUCUCUCCAAAGGAAAACCAAAGGAAGCAUGCCCAAAAGAAGAGGAGGCUGAGAACAGCAAGGACGAGACAAGGCCUAAAGGAAAGGAAGCCAGGGAGCCUGAGAGAGAUGUUUAUACCUUCCCUGGAGACUCUGACCCAGAGAGUCCGCCCCCUGCUCCUUGGGCUCAGUGCACGUUCAUUCAGCGGCGCAGGAGGAAGAGGGCGCUGCUCAGACCCUUCUCUGGAAUGGGAUCGCCUGAAGCUCACAUGUCAGAAAGACAGAGUCCUCAAACAUCUAAAACCGCUGAGGCGGCUCCGCACAGUCCAUCACAGGUUUAUGAAUUCGAGGAAGAUGACGAGACGGUGAAGUUCACAGACGAAGUUGAGGAGAAAAGCGAGUCGGGGUCUGGAAACGAGAUCUACACCUGUGUGGAGUGUAGCAUUUACUUCAAAAAGCAGGUCCACCUGCAGGAGCACAUGGCUGAGCACUGCCAGACCCCAGCGGGAGGAAGCAGGCGUUCAGGAAAGGGCAGCCGGUUACGGUGUGCGGAGUGCGGCUGGAUCCUCCCAAACCGCCCGGCGCUGGCCGACCACCAAAGGAGGCACCAGGAGUCCCGUCUGAAGAUUCUAGAGGAGAUUGAGAAACUGAAUGAAGUGGAAAAGGCAAAAGAGUCGGAAGGAGAGGAGAGUGGAGCGCUGAAGCACGCCGACCCAACUGUUACGCAACAUCCAGGGGAAAUGUCAGAUGGCGAAAUGGGGAAAUCUCCUCCUCCGGCCACAGAUUCAUCCUCAGUUCAGGAUCCAGAUUCUGCUGCCAUAGACGUGGACUCGGUUCCUCCAAAUUCAGCCCGAAGCCCAGCACAGGCCCACCGCCGCCGCUUUGUCUGCAGCGAGUGUAACUUCAGCACAAGAACUGCCCAGGCUCUGGCUAAUCACUCCAAGAUUCACAAGAGGAAGAGGCAGAUCCUCCAUCCCCAGCGGGGGCAGAGGGUUCUAAAGGAGCGCCAGGCUCUGGUUCAGCCCCAAACUAUGCCAGUUGAGCAGAACAGGGAAACCAGCCCGUCUCUAACAUCUAAUGCACAAGUUCUUGACACCGAUCCAGGUUGUCAGUACCUCUCUGAGUGCGAAUCCCCACCUGCUGCUGCUGCUGCCACAAGCCAGGGGGAUGUCACUGCCUCAGAGGACAGCACGGCAUCAGACCAUGGAGCUGCCCGGCACAACUAUGUCACAAACAGGACAUUCAGGACAGCAGGGAAGUCCAAGUUUGAUCCCGAGGCAGAUGAUGAUGCACUGCCUGGGAGUGAAGAGGAAGAGGAGGAGUGUGACAACGGCGAGGAAGAAAAGCCGUCCCAGCCAGAGGCCGACUCACCUGUGGGCAGGAAGCUGAACAGUCCAGAAGCUUCUUCACCACCUUCUAAGAAACGUGCAAAGGCCCAAGGAGAACAGGAGGCGCAGAAAGAAAGGAAGGUUUUCUUUCUGAGGAGAAGCAGCAGGGUUACCGCGGCCCAGGCGCCGACCAACAGCGACGAAGACGACGACGCCGACGAAGAACACGUCCCGUUUUACCUUUCAGAGGGCGUCUUUGACGCAGACGAAGACGACAUGGAUGAGGAGGCGCUGAGGAGCGUGGAGAGGAAAUGCCCCUACUGCCCCGAUCGGUUCCAUAACGGAAUCGGCCUGGCCAAUCAUGUACGAGGACACUUGAAGCGAGUGGGCGUCAGCUACAACGUGCGUCACUUCAUCUCUCCAGAGGAAGUCAACGCCAUUGAGAAGAAGUUCUCCUAUCAGAAGAAGAAGAAAAAAGUUGCCAACUUUGACCCAGACACAUUCAGCUUGAUGCACUGCGAGUUCUGCAGCGCCGGCUUCGACACACGGGCCGGCCUGUCCAGUCACGCUCGGGCUCACCUGCGGGACUUUGGGAUCACUAAUUGGGACGUUACCAUCUCACCUAUCCACAUUUUGAGGGAGUUGUUCUCCAGCAGGCCAGACCUGAUGACUACAGAUCCCCCUCGCAGUCUCGGCAGCUCUUCGGAGGAAGACGAAGAUGAGGAUUGCGAUGAGGGGGACUCUGGGGACGGAGGAAUUAUUAAGGUUAAGCUUGAAGGGGAGACGAGUGAAAAGAGCCCCCACCCUUCUGACUCGGUUGACCUGAGUUCAGGAUAUCGUCGGCGCAGGAAGAAGAAGAAAAGACUGGAGGACCGUGAUGGUGAUGACAAGGAUGCGGCAGAUGAAGAUGAUGAGGAGGGUCUCCGGCUGUCGCUGGAUGGUCUGUGCUCCAGUGUGGGGAAAAAGGACCGGCUCACUCAGAGGGAGGAUGUAGGCACCAAAGCCCAGAAGUGGAAGUGUGAGGUCUGCGACUCUCAGUUCGAGAGCAAACGUGGACUCUCCAUCCACUCUCGCGCUCACCUGCGCCAGCUGGGCGUCACCGUCUCCGACAGCGGCUGGUCGGCCAUCGAUCUGCUCCACCGGGUGGCCAUGGAACGCAGCAUAGACGGCAAGAUAAGCUCGUCUCUUCUCACGCCCAAGAAACCCUCCUUGCCUGUUUCUCUUAAAGAUGAGGAGGACAUGGAGCUGGACGAGAAACCCAUCCCUCUGUCCAUCCUGGCCAAAGCGGCAAAGGCGGUGCCGUCUGGCUCCGCCACGCCUACACCUUCUCCGGGUGCUUCUCCAGCUCCGGCUCACUCCAACUCGCCUUCCUCAGUAGUGAAGAAAGCCCCCAUUUCAUCUCUACUGCCCGUGUCUUCCCCUUUGCGCUCCCCAGAGCCCAAAGUUGGGGGACUGAAGGGCUUGACCUCUAACCUAUCUGCUGCCUCUGCAACGUCAAAGCCACUUUGGGCUCCACAGGAGAACGAUGCUCCCCUCAACCUCACACUGGAUGCCGACUCCGAUAAGGACAUCGUUUGCCAGCUGUGCGGCGCCUGGUUCGAGACCCGUAAAGGCCUCUCCAGCCACGCGCGAGCCCACCUGCGACAUUUCGGCGUGGAAUACUCCGAGUCCAAGGGCUCUCCUAUUGAACUCCUGAGCCAGCUGAUGGACACGGACGACUUCAAGCACAAAGCAAGUGCGCUGGAGCUCGACUGUCCUACAGAAACGGAGGACGCCCCCGCCGCGCUUCCCACGGCGAAGCAGCCGGUGCUGACACUCUCCUCUUCUUCCUCUGCGUCACUCCUCUACAAGGUGACCACGGUCGGAGGUGGGUCCAAAGCUACCUCUUCCUCCGCUUCGUCCUUACCUGGCCGACCCGCCAAGCGGCUCAAGACUGCCUCCAUGCAGGUCUUCCGCCUCAGCAGUGGCGAGCUGAUGGCCCUUCCACACAACGAACCUCCAAAGGAAAUUGGCUGCGAAUACUGCGGCGAGUAUUUUGAGAACCGGAAAGGACUUUCCAGCCAUGCCCGCUCCCACCUGCGCCAAAUGGGGAUCACGGAGUGGUCCGUCAACGGGUCACCAAUCGACACGUUGAGGGAGAUCAUCACGAGGCGGGGCCUGCCCUGCGCUCUUCCUCUUAAGCCUCUGAAAACCCCUCCGUCGUCCUCUCCAGGACCCCCUCGCUCCCCUCUGUCCACUUCCUCGUCUCCCUCAGCCUCGCUCCUUGGCCGCCUGCCUUUUGCCUUCGCCCGCCCCUCCAGCCCGCCUCAGUCGGUGAUGUCCAAGUCCAGCUCGGCCGCUCCGAUGCCUUCCAGCGGCCUGACUCUCAAGCCAAAGCCCGAGCCGGUGCAGGUGGAGGUCACUGCGCCCGGAACUGUGGGGAGAUCCAGAAGUUUUCCGGUUGACUCUCCGAACUCCAGCUGGAGCGGCUCUGAUAAAGCUUACCCCCUCAACUUAGCCAUGUCCCACGAAGCGGAGCCUACGAGGGACAUUCGAUGCGAGUUCUGCGGGGAAUAUUUCGAGAACCGCAAAGGUCUUUCCAGCCACGCGCGGUCCCAUCUAAGGCAAAUGGGCAUCACGGAGUGGUCCGUCAACGGCUCGCCCAUCGACACCCUGAGGGAGGUCAUGCACAAGCGAGGGGCUGGCGGCUCGUCUCGCUCAGAGCAAGGAGUGAAGAAAGAGUCCCGCCAAGGAACCAGCAGUCCCUUAUGGGAAAACGUGGGAGGAGCCAGGGGGUCGGACGGUUUGGGUGUUUCCGGUUACCAGUCCUCCAAAUUCCGUAAAUCUCCUCUCAGUUUGGUGCAGUCUGGGUCACGGAUCCUUAAACAGGGGGUGAGCUCCGUGGGUCAACCUGCGGGGAAGCUGUUCCGAUUGUCCCCACUGGGUAAAAGGCCGUCAUCAGAUCAGGCCCAGUCGGCGGAGACUGGGGCAGCACAAGCACAUCGGCUCAAGACCUUCUCAUCACUUCCACACGAUUUCUCCUACAAAAGGAAACCCUCGCCAGAAAAGCACGGACACCAGGACCCCAGCUGCGAGCUUUGCGGCUUCUACUUUGAGAACCGUAAGGCUUUAGCCAGCCAUGCGCGCGCCCACCUGAGGCAGUUCGGUGUGACCGAGUGGUCUGUGAACGGGUCGCCUAUCGAGACGCUCAGCGCUUGGAUCCGCAGCAGACCUCAGAAGGUUCUGGAGAUGCACCGGAACUACAUGCAGGGGAACCGCUCCACCCAGAAGAAGAAGAGGAGCUCCCUGGCUUUGUCAGCGGAUUCUGAUCAUGUCCUCCCCAUCUCAUCGCAGAAGGCCCACUCCUCGUACUCCUCUUCCUCCCAAUGGUCUCCUUCCUUCGCUGCUAGCCUGGCUCGCCCGCGGAGCCAAGAGCUCCAGCGCGGCUCCUCAGAGACGGCUGACGAGGAGUCGGGUACCAGCUCACGGUCGGCUUCAGGCCGGGCCGGCGGCAGCAGCCCCACCUUCUCACGCCUCGGCAGCAGCCUGCAGACGCAGGUGGCCCGCAGCGAGCUGAAUGUCCGCCUGUCAAGAGGUUUCGAGCGUCGGCCCAUGAAGCACCCAUCCUGCCCAGACGGAUCAGAGCGAGACACUGGCUCUCCAAAGCCGCCACGCACAGGCACCGUCCCCUCACUGGUGCCCAAACCCCCUUCCUACCCACUGGUCAAACUGGUGGGCAAGUUCUACACCCUGAAGUGCCGGUUCUGCGAGGUGGAGUUCCACGGCCCGCUGUCGGUGCAGGAGGACUGGAUCAGACACCUCCAGCAGCACAUCUUCAAGAUGAACUACAAUAAGCCUGGCGCUCUAAAAGCAGCCGCCAACCCCACCCCGGUCCAGGCCUCGGACCCCGGUUCAAGAACCGCCUCCACCCCGACCCGCUCCACCGCCCCCAACAGCCGCUCCCCAACGCCCGUGGCAGAGUUCGCCCCUGCCAUAACUGCCAAAGAGAUCACCCAGGUCUCAGAGGAGCAGCUCGCCAUAAUCCCCACUCCCCUUCCUCUCCCGACGCAGACGGUGUGAGCUCCAGCUCCUCCUCCUGUGUCUCUACAGGUCCACCUUUGUUCGUCCAUUGCUUUCCUUCCUUUUAACCUUCAGCAAACUUUUAGGGAGGAACUUCCCUUUAUCAGAAGAGCACCUUUGAAGCAUCUCUAGUGUCCCCAAGUCCAGUUGCCAUGGGAACAAAACUCUCCGGGCUCCUCUGAGGUUUGGGGAUGGGUGAUGAUGGUAACUGUCCGAAAUACUACUUUGUGUUUGCCUUGUUUAUACAGAAUGUUCAGGCGUUACUGUACUUCCCCCAUUCACUGGGAGGGUAAGAGGCUGUUAUUAACCCUUUGUUACUCUUUAACUGCCCCACCCCUUUUAAAGUUCCUGACUGAGAUUCUAAUCCUGCUUGUCUCACAGUUGAGACUAUAAAUGUUAGCUGACACCUAGUGUUUAUAAAAAGGCACUUUUUUUUAUUUCAUUUUUUUUAUUUGACACUUUCACCCUGCACUUAACGAAACACAAUUAGCACCCGUUAAGGUGUAAUAUUAAAAAAGGAGAUAGAAGCACACGUGAGGAGAAAUCGCUCCACUUCACCUUUUUUUUUGUGUCUGUAGGCGUGAUACAGUCCCCUGAUGUAAACGUACAUUCAGCUUGAAUGUAGCACCUGUUAUGACCUCAUUUAAACAUUAAUCCACAAACAUGCGGUCCAAAACAAAAGUAUACACACCCCUUGAACUUUAUUUGUUCCUGAUCAUUUGUCAUUUUAAUGCAUUUUACAGUCAUUGAAUGAUUUAAAUCAGGGGUUCCUAAAUAGGACGUAAUUCCUGAGGCGUAUAUAGAGAGCAAAUUUAUUAUGUCAUGUCCCUUUAAAUAGAUUAAUACGAGUAAAUAAGAAGACGUAACAUUUAUUUAUUAAUUUAUUUAUCUAAAACAUGAUGCAAAUAAUAAAUUUACCAUAAAAAUUCUGAAGUGCACAAUAAUUAACAUCCUAUUCACAUAAAAAAGGGUUUGAUUAAAUAAAAUGUUUUUAAAAUAGAUUUGUUUAAACAUG